GUCGGUGUAUCUGCUACUACUGCUGCUGUGUGUCCGGUUGUUUUCCUCUCGGUUCCUCCGGUAUUCCUGUGAUGUUGAAGAGGAGAAACGCCGGUUGCUGUGCUUCACACGAGAGGUACGGAGGCGACCAAAGCCCCGCUGUCACGGAACUUUCCCGCUAGCCUCCUGGGAGGCCAGUCCCGAUGCCAUGGCCUCCGGCCACGGCUCUUCCUCGGUGCCUCGCGGAGGCCGAGACGGGACCUAUCACAAGGAGCGGGACGCCCCCCCCCAGCCCCGCUGCCGGUCCGUCCGCUCCCUGCCCGACGUCUGCCCCAAGGAGCCCACCGGUGAGGGGCGGGGCCUGUGUGAGGGGCGGGGCCUGUGUGACGGCCAGUCCGUGGUGGCGGAGCACGACCGGUGGACCGUGUUGAGCUCGAAGGUCAACCUGCCGGCCGCGCUUAACGACCCGCGCCUUGCCAAGCGUGAGUCCGACUUCUUCACCAAAACGUGGGGGCUGGACUUCGCCGAGACGGAGGUGAUGCCCUCCUUCUACCUCCCCAACAUCACCAGGGAACACUUCGGGCCAUACCUGCAGGAGAUGGCUCAGAGGGAAAGAAUCCAUGAACGCUGCAAGACGAUCUGUCCCAACAAAGACGACGUGGACACCGUCUCCAGUAUCACCACCAAUCACGACAAAUCCCGAGCUGAGUUGGAUCAAGUCCCCAAGAUCUUCAUGAGGCCUGACUUUGCUCUGGAAGACCCGGCCACAUUCAACGCUGUGUUGCCAUGGUCACACUUCAACAGCGCCGGGGGCAAGAGCAGCAGAGACGUGGCCUCGUCCAAACUGCUGCAGGAGAAGCUGAGCCACUACCUGGACGUGGUGGAAGUGAGCAUCGCCCGGCAGAUCUCGCUGCGCUCCGAGGCCUUUUUCCACGCCAUGUCCUCGCAGCACGAGCUGCAGGACCGGCUGCAGGAGACGCAGAGCGCCGUGGCGGUCCUGCGGGGCCGCACCGCCGCCAUCGACCGCGUCAUGUGCCAGGGCCCGCUGCGGGCCGUCCGCACCGCCCUGACGCGCAACAACUGCGUGAAGCUGCACAACAAGCUGAAGCUGAUGGCGGCGGUGCAUCAGACGCAGCCCACGGUGCAGCUGCUGCUCUCCACCUCCGAGUUCGUCGGAGCGCUGGAGCUCAUCUCCACCACCAAGGAGGUGCUGCAGCAGGAGCUGCAGGGAGUCCACAGCUUCAGACAUCUGGGCUCCCAGCUGUGCGAGCUGGAGAAGCUGAUCGAUAAGAUGAUGGUGGAGGACUUCAGCAUGUACGCCCGCAGCGACCUGAACCGCAGCCUGAAGGACGAGCCGAUGGUCCUCGAGAAGGUCUACGACCCAAAUGCUGCCUCACAGAAGGAGCGUCUGGAGUCUCUGGUGUUCGGCCUGCUGCGGCAGAGGAAGCUGGACUUUCUGGACAUUUACAGCGACGAGAUGAUCCUGUCUGCAAAGGCCAUCGUCUCUCAGUGUGUUGCAGAAAACGUUUUGCUCAUAGAAGAUAUUGACACUGAAGUCGUCACUAAGCUAGCUGACCAGAUGCGUCUGAUGACGUUCCCUCAGUGGUUUGAGCUGCUGAAAACCGUCUUUGAAAGUUUCCUUCUCUUCCUGCAGAAGAUCAAGGCCACUCUGAGCGUGAUCAAAAACGUGGUUCUGGAGGUUCUGGCGUCGAACCAGAGGAACCGGCUCCUGGAGGAGGCCCGGUUGGCUCCUUCGGUUCAGGAGGCUCCCGGCGGCUCGUUGCUGCUGCGGGGCGAGGCCGAGCUGGCCUACCUCACGCACGAGGGACUGUUCAUCAGCGACGCUCUCAACGAGGCCUCCAGGAUCCAGCAGAGCCGGGCCGACUCGGCAGCCAGCGCCACGGAGAGCUUCGUCAGCAGGGAGCAAAGCUUCAUGUCCGGUGACAACAUGAUGCCCGCCGAUCUGGAGCUGAACCGAGUGAUCCACAACAUCCAGGAGCUGCUGCACGCCGCCUCCGACGUCAGCCACGAUCGCUGCGUCAAAGUCCUCACAGCCAGAGCCAAGGACGGCUCUCUGGAGCGCCUGAGCUCGGCGGAGUUCGUGUGCCUCUCUCAGACGGUGGAGGGUUUCGUGCGGGACACGGAGGAGCUGUGCGGCAGGCGCAGCGUCUCCCUGAGGGGGGCGCUGCAGAGCCAGGCCAACCGCUUCGUCCACCGCUUCCACGAAGAACGCAAGACCAAACUCAGCCUCCUCCUGGACAACGAGCGCUGGAAACAGGCGGAGGUCCCUUCUGAGUUCCAGGACCUUGUGAACUCCAUCGCUGAUGGAAGAAUAACACUACCGGAGCGUAAAAUCCCAGGUCCAGAGGACAGGAAGCCCACCGAGUUCCUGCUCGUCAACGGGCAGAAAUACGCUGUCAUCGGGACUGUUCUGCUGCUGAUCCGGAUCUUUCUGGAAUACUGUCAGUGUGUCAACGACAUCCCAUCCAUCGCCACCGACAUGCUGACGCGUCUGUCGGACCUCCUUAAGCACUUCAACUCUCGGAGUUGCCAGCUGGUUCUGGGAGCCGGAGCUCUGCAGGUUGUCGGCCUGAAGACCAUCACCACCAAAAACCUUGCAUUAGCUUCCCGCUGCCUGCAGCUGGUGGUUCACUACAUUCCCAUCAUCAGAGCUCAUUUCGAGACCAAACUGCAGCCCAAGCAGUUCAGCGUCCUCAGACACUUCGACCACAUCACCAAGGACUACAACGAUCACAUAGCAGAGAUAUCCGCUAAGCUGGUGGCCAUCAUGGACAGCCUGUUUGAGAAGGUUUUAUCAAAGUAUGAAGUGAAGGCUCCGAUGCCGUCUGCCUGCUUCAGAAACGUCUGUAAACAAAUGGCCAAGAUGCACGAAGCCAUUUCUGAACUCUUACCUGAAGAACAGACGCAGAUGUUGUUUCUGAGGAUUAAUGCCAGUUUCAAGUUGCACCUGAAGAGACAGCUGGCUCGACUCGGGGUCGUUAAUGACGGAGGACCACAGAACGGGCUGGUGGUGGUGGAUGUUGCGUUCUACACGGAGAACAUCCAGGCGCUGAAGAGCCUCGACCGGCUGGACCUGAACAUGGUGGAGAUCUGGGAGCAGAAGAGGUGAUGGAGGACACCCACGGCGGGACGUCCCGGACGGCGGCGA